AUGGACACUGCAGAGUUUCGCAGGAGAGGGAAGGAGAUGGUGGACUAUGUAGCUGAUUAUUUGGAGAACAUUGAAAAGAGGCAGGUCUACCCUGACGUGGAGCCAGGCUACUUGAGAUCCCUCAUCCCAGAGGAGGCUCCUGAGCAGCCAGAGACCUAUGAGGAUGUGGUUAAGGACAUUGAAAGGGUGGUCAUGCCUGGGAUCACUCACUGGCACAGUCCGUACUUCUUCGCUUACUUCCCCACUGCCAACUCCUUUCCUGCCAUACUGGCAGACAUGCUGUCCGGAGCUAUUGGCUGUGUUGGCUUCUCCUGGGCUGCGAGUCCAGCCUGUACAGAGCUGGAGACAGUAAUGCUGGACUGGUUGGGGAAGAUGCUGAACCUGCCUGAAGAGUUUCUAGCUGGCACAAAGGGAAAAGGAGGAGGCGUCAUACAGGGAACCGCUAGUGAAGCAACUCUGGUGGCGCUUCUGGCCGCCCGCUGCAGAAUGGUGAAGCGGAUAUUAUCUGACGAUCCAGAGCGCCCUGAAGCCGACAUCAUCUCCAAACUUGUGGCCUAUUCCUCUGACCAGGCUCAUUCAUCAGUGGAGCGAGCAGGCCUAAUAGGAGGUGUGAGGAUGAGAAAAAUUCCAUCUGACUCCAAGUUUUCCGUCCGGGGGGAGGCCCUCAGAAAAGUCCUUGAAGAGGACAAGGCAGCAGGCCUCAUCCCCUUCUAUUUUUGUGCCACAUUGGGAACGACUCCAUCGUGUGCAUUUGACUAUAUCACUGAGAUUGGGCCUAUAUGUAACACAGAAGGGAUAUGGAUGCAUAUUGACGCUGCCUAUGCCGGAAGUGCAUUCAUCUGCCCCGAGUUCCGACCUCUUCUAGACGGUGUAGAGUUUGCAGACUCCUUCAACUUUAACCCACAUAAAUGGCUGUUAGUGAACUUUGACUGCUCCACAAUGUGGGUGAAGAACAGAACUGACAUCAUUGCGGCAUUUAAGAUGGAUCCACUUUACCUGAAGCACGACCACCAAGAAUCAGGGCUCGUGACGGAUUACAGACACUGGCAGAUCCCGCUGGGUCGGAGGUUCCGCUCACUGAAGAUAUGGUUUGUGUUCCGCAUGUACGGCCUCAGAGGCCUGCAGGACCACAUCCGCAAGCAUGUUGCACUGGCUAAAGAGUUUGAGGCUUUGGUACGAGUGGAUGAACGCUUUCAGAUCUCCGCAGAAGUGGUGCUGGGCUUGGUCUGCUUCAGACUGAAGGGUUCUAAUGACCUGAAUGAAGCCCUGCUGAAGAGGAUUAACAGCGCUCGUAGGAUUCACCUGGUUCCAUGUCAGCUUUCAGGCAGAUUUGUGCUGCGCUUCGCAGUGUGUGCUCGAACCACCGAGUCGCGGCACGUGCAAGAGGCAUGGGCACACAUCACUCAGCUGGCCACUGAACUGCUCCGCCAGUUCCCACAAUGACCCUCACGCUGACCACCAUCCAGCAUAUUCACACAUGGCAUUUUCCUUAUUGUGUUACCCAUUAAAGAGUAAUUAGUCAGUCAGCAUGUAUGUGCACUAUCUAGAGUAUUGGACUAUGCUUGACCACCAUCUAGAGUCAGAGACCACCCUUGACGUAUUUAAUUGCCAUUCUAAAUGGCCUUUGAGCUUGUUUAUUUUUCAUUGUCAGGGAAAGGAACAGCAAACAUAUAUCCAACAGAAAAUCACAAUAGAAACAUCAACAAAUUAAUACAUAUUUUUUCAGUAUUCAGUGUGUCCAUCAUUCACCUUUAUUACAGCUUCUAUUCUAUUCAGGAGACUUACUUUCAGUUUUUCAAAGAAAUCUGUAGGGAUAUUUUUCCACACCUCCAAAGUUCAGUCUUAGAAAUUCAUUGCAUUUUCUGCUUCUCACAAUCAGAAUGAUCCUAUACACAUUCAGUGACCUUGAGGGUUGGACUCUGGAGUGGCCAAUCCAGUGCCACUCCAAUGCCACUUCCCUCCCCCUAAGCUAAACUUGACAAUGAUUUACAAAUGUUCUUUUUUGUGCAUCUCCUUUUCAGCAGUAAAAAGUGACCAUUUUGACUGGAAAUUAAAUAAAUGAGGGGUGGCCUGUGACUUUUACACUGUGCUGUACAUUUUUAAAACAUUCAAGCUCAAGUUCAGUCUGAACAUAGCAGUUCAGUUUCCCACCCUGAACACAACAUGAGCAGAAUGGCCACUGUGUAAAUAAGGCUAAUGAUCGCACUGACUUGUACCCAUCCUGCUGCUGCACUUCUUACCCAUACUCUCCUGUGUUUGUGUCAUCUGUGUGUAUGUGUUUAUCUCAGUCUGAUGUUCUGAUGUGUCUUUAUGUUGUAAAGGUACAGUCCAGUCUUUUCGGAAUGCAUGUCCACUCUAAAGCUUCUGCGUUAUUGUCUACCAUAAUAAUGUGUGUGCUUGAAUGUGUGUCUGUAUUCAGUGUUGAGCGAUGAAGUAUAUUUCACGAAUAUGAAGGGUAUAGAAUAGUGUUAAGGGGUGGGAGGGGUAAAAGAAGGUUUAUUGGAUAUAUAAGCCUACAUCAUUCUAUCACUGCAUUAUCAAGUACUGGAGUAUGAGCUUUAAUGCUUCUGUAUGACUUACAGCUUCCUGAGAGAGCAUCAAGACAAAUCCUGUAUGGUUAACUAAUGAAGCAUCUGGUUUUCCUCAAUUAAAAAUGUUUUGCGUGCCAAUUCGGA